AUGGCUGAGAUCGAUACCGCCGUCAGCACAGGAGCCCAGCGCGACUCCGAGCUGCGUCGGAGGAACGUGCCGGAUGCGGGGAGGAGCCCAACAAAGUCCCCUCCGCAUACCGUUGACGAAGAUACAAAGAAAAGCAAGCCUCAGUCGCCUUCGUUUUUGCAUGUAUUAGCCCGCUGGGAACCGAUUAUUGCACCUAUCCUCUUGACGGCCCUUGCCAUCUUCACUCGCCUGUACCGCAUUGGUCGCUCCAAUAUUGUGACUUGGGAUGAAGCCCACUUUGGGAAAUUCGGCUCUCACUAUCUGAAACGCGAGUUCUACUUUGAUGUCCACCCGCCCCUGGGUAAGAUGCUUGUUGGCCUGUCAGGUUACUUGGCCGGCUACAAUGGUUCCUUUGAAUUCAAGUCCGGUGAGACGUAUCCCGAAGAGGUGAACUAUACCUUCAUGCGCGCCUUCAAUGCCGCAUUUGGGAUUGUCUGUGUGCCGUUGGCCUAUUAUACGGCUCGGGAGUUGAAUUUCCGGCGGGCCACCGUCUGGCUCAUCAGUCUCAUGGUGCUCUUCGAGAAUUCGUACGCGACCAUCUCUCGGUUUAUCCUCCUCGACUCGAUGCUGCUCUGUUUCACGUUCACCACUGUGAUGUGCUGGGCCCGUUUCCACCGCUUGCGACACAACAGCUUUUCAGCUGAGUGGUAUGCUUGGCUUUGCCUGACCGGGUUGAGCAUUGGCUGCGUUUGCAGUGUGAAAUGGGUUGGUUUCUUUGCCACUGCAGUUGUUGGACUUUAUACAGCUGAGGAUUUGUGGAACAAAUUUGGCGAUUUGAAGAUGCCCCAGACGACCCUCGCGAAACAUCUCAUUGCUCGCGUUGUUGGCCUCAUUGCCAUCCCGAUCCUGGUUUACAUGUUUUCCUUUUAUCUGCACUUUCUGAUUCUGGCGAAUAGUGGCCCAGGUGAUGCGCAAAUGAGCUCUCUUUUCCAGGCCAAUCUCAAAGGUACUGAAGUUGGCAAGGACAGUCCUCUGGAGCUCGCCAUGGGGUCGCGUGUCACCUUGAAAAACAUGGGCUACGGAGGAGGUCUUUUGCACUCGCACGUCCAAACUUUCCCCGAGGGCUCGCAGCAGCAGCAGGUGACGUGCUACCACCACAAGGAUGCGAAUAAUGAUUGGUUCAUAUAUCCAAAUCGACAAGAGCCAGAUUAUGAUGCCGAGGCUGAUGUGAGGUUCAUCGCCGACGGCGAUGUUAUUCGUCUCAUCCACGGACAGACGGGCCGCAACCUGCAUUCUCACGCCGUUCCGGCACCAGUCAGCAAAUCCCACAACGAAGUGUCCUGCUAUGGGAACCUUACCAUCGGAGAUGACAAGGAUCACUGGAAGGUUGAGGUGGUGAGCGAUGCUGCUUCCAGGGACCGAUCCAGAGUGCGAACGCUCACCACGGCGUUCCGACUGCGCCAUCCGGUCUUGGGUUGCUACCUCCGAGCCGGAAAUGUCAACCUACCUCAGUGGGGAUUCAAACAGAUUGAAACCACGUGUAUCAAGGAAAACAACCCUCGCGACGUGUAUACCCACUGGAAUGUCGAGUCUCACGUCCACGAAAAGUUGCCCCCUGGCGACCCUGGUUCAUACAAGUCUCCUUUCCUGAGAGAUUUCAUCCACCUGAACGUGGCCAUGAUGACCUCCAAUAACGCUUUGGUCCCCGACCCUGAUAAGCAAGAUGACCUGGCUUCGCAGUUUUGGCAGUGGCCCAUCCUGAACGUCGGCUUGCGUAUGUGUUCAUGGGACGACAAUGUUGUCAAGUAUUAUCUCCUUGGCAACCCGUUUGUCUAUUGGGGAAGCACUGCAGGUUUGGGCAUCUUUGGUUUCCUAGUCUUGUGGUAUCUGGUGCGCUGGCAGAGAGGGUACCAGGAACUUAGCAACGACGACAUCGACCACAUCCGCUAUUCUGGACUGUAUCCGGCCAUUGGAUGGGUCUUGCAUUACCUCCCGUUCAUCAUCAUGGCACGAGUGACCUAUGUUCACCAUUAUUACCCGGCGCUUUACUAUGCUAUCCUGACGUUUGGCUUCUGUGUGGAUUGGAUGACCCAAAAAUUGAGUACCAAGCUCUCCGCCGUGCUGUACACUGUCCUAUACGCCAUCAUCGUUGCGCUGUUUGUCCACUUCCGGGUGAUUGUGUUUGGAAUGGAAGGGUCCAAUGAGCAGUGGUCUCACUUGCGCUGGCUGCCCGGAUGGAGAAUUUCCAACUAA